CUUCAGCAUCUUCAAUUCAUCAUUGUCGUCUAUUCAUCUCUAAUGUUCACAUAGAACCCUAAAAUGUUUUCCUCCAUGGCAUUAACUUGAAAAGCCAUUUGAAAUCCAACUUUUUAUAUUAAAAGCAUUUUGGGAAAUCUUUUUUGGGGGGAGAAAUCCCAAAUAUGGCUUCGACGGCUGCAUCGAACCGGUCCUCCUCGGAUGACAUCACCGAUGUGACAACGUCGCUUCUGUCAUCACAAGGUAGCGUUUUGCGGGACGAUUCUGCCACUCGUGGAUCCGUUCGUCGCCAGAGCCUUCGGGAAGCGGCUCGGUUCCUACGCCGAGCCAGUAGCCGGCGACUCAUGCGCGAGCCGUCCAUGUUGGUUCGGGAAACUGCUGCCGAGCAGCUCGAGGAACGGCAUAGCGAUUGGGCGUAUUCGAAGCCCGUGGUGGUCCUCGAUAUUAUCUGGAAUUUCGCGUUCGUAGCGGCGGCGGUUGGGGUUUUGGUUUUGAGCUGGAACGAGAGGCCGAGUAUGCCGCUGAGGCUAUGGAUAAUUGGGUACGCAUUGCAGUGUUUGUUACAUAUGGUUUGCGUUUGUGUGGAGUAUAGGCGACGGAGGAGGCAACGGAGCAUGGGUUACAGGUCAUUUAAUACAGGAGAGGAAGGGGCUUUGAGUCCAAGAUCGAGGGUAGAUUCGGAGCAAUACGUAACAUUGGCCCAUUUGGAAGAAGAUGGUGGAAGUGUUGCAAAGCAUCUGGAAUCUGCAAAUACUAUGUUUUCAUUCAUCUGGUGGAUCAUUGGGUUCUACUGGGUAUCUGUAGGUGGCCAAGCAAUGGCUGGUGGCUCCCCUCAGCUUUAUUGGCUUUGUAUCGUGUUUCUUGGUUUUGAUGUGUUCUUUGUUGUUUUCUGUGUUGCACUGGCAUGCAUCAUUGGCAUUGCUGUUUGUUGCUGUCUUCCAUGUAUUAUUGCAAUCCUAUAUGCUGUGGCAGAUCAGGAAGGAGCAUCCAAAGAAGACAUUGAUCAGUUGCCAAAAUAUAAAUUUCGAAAAAUUGGCAAUGAUGAUAAAGUUGCCGGUGAUGUCCAAGGAUCCAUUGGGGGAGUAAUGACUGAAUGUGGCACUGAUUCCCCCAUGGAACGUGCGCUAUCCGAGGAUGAUGCAGAAUGUUGCAUCUGCCUUUCGAGCUAUGAUGAUGGAGUUGAACUAAGGGAACUUCCUUGUGGUCACCAUUUUCACUGUGCAUGUGUAGAUAAGUGGCUGCAUAUCAAUGCUACCUGUCCUCUAUGCAAAUAUAACAUUUUAAAGAGUAGUACUCAUGAGGAAGUUUAGACGAAUCGAAAUAAUUUUAGUCAUGGCCAUAUCCGUGUUCUCACGGUGAUAGUUGUAGAUGUUUGUAAUCAUAGUUCCGGUGACUCGUGACAUGCUUGUUUUAGCUCUAGCCUUCAUGGGUUUUUUUUUUUUUUUUGUAUAUUUAAUGUUUUCCAGAGCAUCUAUCUCGAGCACUGAGUCAUAGAAUUCGUUUGCUUGUAUUCUCUCUUUCCUUUAAAUCAUUUGACAGGAACAUGUAGGGGUUAACUCUUGUUUCAAGUCUUGUUCUUUCUGAAUUAUAUUUUGUAUAGUUUUGUAGGUGAAACUGAAACCCUCUUGAACAAUUGUUAAGAGGUGUUGUUUCAGAGUGCAUAAUGUUAAGAAAUGCUUCUUCCUCAA